GCGCAUUUAAAACACAGGACUAAAGCUGUAGACGGAAAAUCGAAAUAUCAGGGAGGCCAUAUUGAAUUUACGAGAGUAACAAAUAUUGCAGUGCCAUGAAAUUGUUUAAAAGUGGAUAAGAUAAUUGUUUAAAUGAUCAAAAUAUAAUUAAUGUGCAAGAUCUGCUCUCACUGAUCAUAAUGUAUGCAGUUUAGAUGAAGGAGGGGUUGUAUCUUUGUGAACUUGUGUGACGCAGAUAUCAGAAAUGCUGCACCCCCGGCGCAGUGCCCAGGCCGUCCUACUGUGUGGCCUCUGUGAAACUGUCGACCUACAGAGUUACUGUGAACUUUGCAAUGUAAACUUAUGUAAGGCCUGUGUUGAGGAACACCUUUCUGAUUCAUCUAAAAAACACAAUGUCGUGUCCUUUUUACACAGAAAGUCUACUUCUACCUACCCAAAAUGUCCGACACACGUGGAUAAACAAAGCGAACUUUACUGUGAGAAAUGUGACGUUCUUGUCUGUUCUACCUGUGUCUCAAAAAAACAUAAAGGACACAAAUUAUGCAAUAUUCUGGAAAAAUUCAGCUCAAAAACGGAAAGUUUACAAAAAGAUUUAGAGGAACUAGAAACCAGAAUUUAUCCCCGAUAUGAAAAAAUGGCGUCCGAUGUCCAAACUGAGAAAUCCGGGUUGCAAACGAAUUACGAGAAACUGACAACAGCUGCCGAUCAACAAGGAGAAGUCUUACAACGGAUGGUGAUCACCAUUGCCAACCAGCGGAAAUCCGACAUCCAGAAGAUGAAAAAUAAACAUAUGGCUGCUUUAGAUAAAAACACAGAUGAAAUUACACAGAGAAUUACAGAACUUAGAAAGAUCAUUGAGGACCUGAAGAAAAUACUGAACACCAAGGACGUCUCUCUAACUUCUACUUACAAAUCUAGGAAUGGCGAGUUUCGACAAUUACCCCCUAAAGUCCAACUUACAUUACCGAGUUUAUCUCCUUCCAAAAUAAAUAAAGAAAAACUCAAUAAAAUGGUUGGUUCUGUGUCAUCAUUGUCCAAAACAAAAGAAAAAGGUUGCACAAUGAAGUCAGCAGAAGCUGUAUUGUCUCCUCCAGUCAAACCUCUGCUUGAUGAACCGCGCCUCACCGCCACCAUAGACUCUGAGUAUAGAUAUAUAUACAGUGUUAGCUGUCUGAGUGAAGAACAAGUCUGGACAUGUGGGGAUAACAAAAUCAUGAAGCUCCUCAACCUCCGGGGUAAACUACUGACAUCAAUACAAACCGAGUCAGGGAGAAUACCAGAGGACAUAGCAGUGACACGGGACGGAGAUCUUGUUUAUACCGAUAAUAACACUCUAUACCUAGUUAAGAAUAAACAGAUACAGACCGUGAUUACACUACAGGGGUGGGUACCUCGUUAUGUCUGCAGUACUACCACUAAUGAUCUUCUGGUUACCAUGAACAGUGAUGAUAAAACACAAUCCAAAGUUGUGCGUUACUCUGGCUCCACAGAGACACAAGCCAUUCAGUUUGAUGACCAGGGGCGUCCUCACUAUUCAUCUGGUUAUUAUAAAUACAUCAGUGAGAACAGGAACCUGGAUAUCUGUGUGGCUGACAGUCGAGCUAGUGCAGUAGUGGUGGUCAAUCAGUCAGGAAAACUCCGAUUUAGAUACACUGGUCAUCCGUCUAAUGCCAAACAAUCAUUUUAUCCACGCGGCGUCACUACAGACAGCCAGAGUCACAUCCUGACAGCAGACUUUAACAAUCACCGUAUCCAUAUCCUGAAUGAGGACGGACAGUUCCUCCGUUACAUUCACUGUGAUUUAUUCAAUCCAUUGGGUGUAUGUGUGGACAUCAGAGACAACCUCUUUGUGGCUGAGUGUGCCACUGCUAAAGUGAAGAAAAUACAAUAUCUAUAAACACAACAUUUGUUAAUUACACAUCUCAACAGUGUCAAUUACAUCUCCAAACACAGUGUUAAUUACAGCUGUGUGUUAAUUACUGUUCUGUGUAGAUUACAGUGAUAGAACUGUGUUAAUUACAUCUCUAAACUUA